UCGCGUAGCGUGUUUAUGCCACAGUUUUUGACAAGCGAAAAAGUAAAAUUUUACUAAAAUUGGAACAAGUAACGAGAAAUCCUUUAGAGGAAAUUCAAUGGGAAAGUUAUUAGAAGAAAUCGGAAAAUCUCACUGAACCUGGCAACCAGAAAAACGCUAAACGAACAGUUGUUUUAUUAAAGAAAAAUGGCGAUGUGUUAAUCAAUGCCAGCGUUUAAAUAGCCUUUAUAAAUAGUGUUUAAUCCGUAAACUCUGGAUAAUAAGUAGCGGUUUACUAGUUAUUCAUUAUUAGAUCUAGGAAACCAACAUGUUUUACGAGAAGUUAACGUUUUUAUUAAUCUAUAUAGUGUAAUCCAAAAUUUUACACCGAGAUAACCAUGUCUAGAGGUUUUGGGAAGUACAGAAGGGGCGCAAGCCAUUCUAAUUUUCAUUUUGAUACGCUCUUUAAAGAGAAUGCUAAUAAGCCUUCGGCUGCGAGGUCUGCAGCGUCGGUUGGUAAAUGGGGCAUUACCAGCUUUACGAGUAUACGAACUUUAAAUGGAAGACCAGACAAUGAUUCCAGUUCCACUUCAGCUGCCGAUGCCACACCAAAACCAAAAAAGUUCUUCAAGAGUCGCAAUCCUGAUUCUCAGGAAGUCAACACUACACCUACUUACCAAUCUACAGCAAGUUAUGGCUCUAACACUAGAAAAUCUCGAGCUAAUCAUGAUGGAGACAAUAGGCAUACAAAAGGAAAUUCUUCACCAAAGAAAUUUUUCUCAUCGAAAAACGCACAUGAAAAGGUGACGGUACCACCAAACACAUCGAGUAAGAGAAGAAACAGUGACAGAAGUGACACAAGCGAGUCUCCCAGGGCUCCUAUCGUGUUGAGGAUUUGUAGGGGGAAGUCACAGUUGUUAAAUGAUACUGAUGAGUCCGAAAGCACAGUUACUCCAAGUUCAACGCCUUCUACGUCAGCCACCACAUCACCGCGUGCUCUUCGGGAAUCGUCCAAUUCGCAAACUGACAACAAACCUCCGACCCGUCGCAUCACUCGCAGCGCAAGAAGGAGCAUGCAAAUGGAUCCCAGCAGUAGUCCAGUCACUGCGGACACUCCCAGCGAGUUCUCCUUAUUUACUAACCCAAAAGAAGAGACCUUAGAGAACGAUUUAUCGCCUCAGUACAUACCGGCAGAAAAAUACGAGCUUGAACGUAAGGCAAUGUAUGACAGUCUUCUAAGGCCGGAUUCCCCUAAAGCCGAAGAGAAACCUGUAUUGCCUGAGCCUGAAGAAAACCAUGCGAAUGAGGCUAAAGAUGACGUUGACAGUUCUUUGGACAAGAGCGUGGAGGAUGCGAUGGCAGAGCUACACGGAGUAGAUGCGAAUACAGCCGAAAAAACAGUUCAAGAGGAGAACCAUUCAAACCACGCCUCGUUAGGCGAACAAGAAAUGGACAUAAAAGAAGAAGACCUGUCAGGAAAAUCCCCAGAGCCUCCUCCAGAACCCACCCCAGUUAAGGUAGAAGAACCACCAACAGAUGUCAUUAAAGAGGAAAUAAAACUCCCCGAACCAACCGAAGAAUCCAUCGAAGAAACGCCGGAAACCAUCGAGAACAUUGCGAAGGAGAUUGAACUUACCAAAUCCGCGAAAAAGGAACCAGAAUCACCUCCAAAGAAGACCAAAAAUGUGCCCGUCGUCCGCGAGCUUCGAAGUCGAAACAGAAACAAAGAGAAGGUGGUAGAAAAACCGGUGGAGCCUGUAGUAAAUGCCGUGAAGAAGCCUUUCCUUAGGGAAACUAGGAGUAGGAAAGAAGCUUCUGCGACGAACAAGGUGGUUAACAAUGAUAAACGACCGCUCGAAGAAGUUGAACCGGAAGUUGUAAAGGAAGUUGAGGCUCCAGUUCCGGUUGUGAAAGAGGAGAACACUCAGAUCGCGAAGAAAUUUAAGGGAAAAGAGAUAGAGGAAGAAUGGUGUACGGAUAGUGAUUCCAACAGUACGAUGCCUGAAAUGGAAGUUAAACAGAUAGUUCCUAGUCCCGACGAGAAUAUUAAUGAAAUUGAGAAGCACAAGCACGAAAUAUUGGACAAAAUCCUCGAAAAACCUCCCGAACCACCUCCAGUAAAAUUACUCAUCUCCAAGAAGAAAGGAAGCAUUUUUAAAAGCCGCGCCUUGGUGGACGACGAUUCUAAGAAAAGAAGAGCCAGGUACGUGCACAAAUGGAUUGACGAUAAAGACGGGAAACCCGGCGGGGAAACCCCUGCCAGAACCAAUCCAGAAACCACAGAGCUGGAUUUUGAUGAAUACAUCGGAGAGCCUUUAACCAGGCUGUCUAAAGUCGAGGACGAACCCGGCCCUACCAGCGUGCAUUGCCCUAAGACUGACAAACCCUACUACAUGGUCGUGAGAAACGUCAAAAAAGCCCACCAAAUCCAAGAAAUCGGCGAGUUUCAGGAAUUUAACGAUGACGUGGAAUACAUUCUUGACGCUUUACAGGAUAACAACCCGAUAAGCACCAGAUGUUUGUCAGCGAUAACGCUGGCAACAAAGUGUAUGGCCGCUCCGUUCAGGAUGCACGUGCGGGCUCACGGCAUCGUUGCCAAGUUUUUCAAGGCCUUGCACGACGCUACCAAAGAUCAGAGCUUGGGGUUGUGUACCGCGACGGUUAUGUUCGUCCUGAGUCAGGACAGGCUGAACAUGGACUUGGACCGGGACUGUUUGGAGCUGAUGUUGAAUCUCUUGGAGUCUGAUGUGAGUUAUCAGCAGGCGCUGGACGUGUGUGGCCUUAGUACGGGACAGUUGGAGAAGAAUAAGCAGAAGGUGCGAGAGUUGUGCGCGGACAUACAGAGUCAGGGACAUGCGAUGCAUCUGAAUUUAGAAAAUAUUACGACUGGCCAAUUGGCCAUGGAAACUCUUCUGUCGUUAACGUCAAAAAGAGCGGGAGAGUGGUUCAAGGAGGAGCUGCGAGAGUUGGGAGGUUUGGAGCACAUAAUGAAGACGAUUCACGAGUGCUGUCGGCAAGUUUCGGACUAUGUCGUGUCCUGGACCGAUCUACUGUUGGACAAAAUUAAGAAAGUCGAUCGGUGUCUUAGGGUAUUAGAAAAUGUAACACAAAAUAAUGAGGAAAAUCAAACGUAUAUUCUCAAGUACAAUAGCGGCAUGAUGAUAGACACAUUGGUCAGUUUGUACAAACUUUGUGAUAGGGAAAUACCAUUGUAUCCUGUGACGGAUAUAACUGAUAAAGUUUCCACAGGGGCGAUUAUUAGAGAGGCUCUUUUAGUGACACUUAAAGUUUUGAUCAACUUGACGCAUCACUAUAGGCAACAAUCCUUAGGUAGUCAACUUAUAGGGUCCAAGUCGGGGAUUAUCGAGAUCAGUCUACAUUUGCUACUUCAAGUACCGAACUAUAUUCCCGAGCAAAAGAAGUUCGAGCUUGGAGUCUUGGUACUUAUGUUGUUGAUCAACCUGAUCCAAGAUCAGGAGGCCAACAAGAAAUUACUGAUGGAUGCUAAAGCGCCUUCCAAGCUCGAAAGCAUCUAUUCUCGGGAAGAGAGUGCGGUGGAGGCUCUCAUCAUUCAGUUUUAUGAGUGGGAGGGUUGCGCCAAAAUUGCCGAAAACAAAACCAACGCCAUCUUGGACGGCGAAAAAGACGUAGAAGACGUGCCUACGUCACAAAACAAGAGCAACGAGGAGUUUAUCGAAGAAACGGUGGCUAAAUUGUUGCAAAAAGCAGGGACGCACAUGGAGUUCACGUUUUUGGCGUCGUAUAUCGUCAUGCUGAUCGGUUUCCUGAUCAUGGACAAUUCAGCUUACCAGGACAGUAUUCGGCAGUUCCUCAGAGGCAGCAAUUUCAACGACAUGGUCGAGCUACUUAAGAAGUUCUUCAACUUCAUGAAUUUGACUGCGUCGACGGAAGCCUCCAGCGUCUGCGCAGUGAAAGCGACACAGAAAGUGAUCAAAUUCCUAGAGGAGUGCGACAAAAGCGAUGAUGUCGCGAAGCCGGAACAAGAGGAACCAGCAGAAUUAGUCGAAAAACCUUUUUUAUAGACUGACGCCCUUCAAACACCAUAUCUUCAAUUUGAUUUCUCCAUUUCGGUAUAUAUUUUGUUGUUUUUAAUGUAAAGACAGAAAAAAACGUUUAUUAUUUUCCCUUUUCGAUGCCUUAAAAAGUUUCAGUGACGCGAAUCUACCUGAAGACGAAAAAAAAAAUGUAGAAAAAUAUAUUUCUGAUUUUUUAAUAGGAUUUUAAACCGUGUACAUAUUAAAUAUGUUUUAGUCGGCAGGUUUCCGUUUUAUAUACAGAGGUUUAUAUAAAAUUCUAUUGUGUAUUUCUUCAACUAGAAUAUGCUGAUCAAACACAACUCCAAAAGUUAGUUUUUGAUGUAUAGUGCUUUUAUUUUAUUUUGUCCCUCUUUUAACUGAUAACUUUUUGAAGUGAAACUUCUUUACGCGUUGGGAGUUAAAAUUCAAGGCCGUGACACAUGAACUACUUCAAUUUGGUAACUACACGAAUUUGGCUUCAAUUUCUAUUCCUGACUAGCGAUAUAGUGUAAUAUAUACAGGUUGUUAAUUUGUUUAUUACUCGCAGUAAGAGCUUUAUGGUUGAAAUAUGGCAACCUCGGCCCGCCCGUCGAUAGACGACGCGACGGGACGAGUCGGCAGAAAACCCUAUAAGUGCAUGCGUUCUCAAUAGGCAGUGUUGCCAUUCUGUUCACUUAUAAGUGAUUGUUCAGUUAACAACCUGUAUAUAAUAUGGUGCACACACUUUUUUUUGUUCUUUAAGAUAGAACAUUCAUUAACAAAUUGAAUUGUAGGGUUUUAGUCAAGUUUUUUAUGGUGUAUUACCAAAAAUACCAUACUCUGUCAAACGUCACACUUGUUAAUAUAAACUUUUUGGUAUUGGAUAGUA